UCAGGUUCAAAUGGGAAUCAGUUGGUGUUUGCCAUACAGUUUGUCUUAAGAAGCUUCGUGGCCUGCCCUGUGUUUUCAGGGAUUGGGAGAGACGCUGUGAAGGCGUUGCUGAAGUGCUGUACCGAGGUGAUCGCUGUCAGCCGCAUACAGGCAGACCUGGACAGUCUCACAGCAGAGUGCCCCUCGAUCACACCGGUGUGUGUGGACCUGGCAGACUGGGACUCCACUGGGAAGGCUCUGCAGGACGUGGGCCCCGUGGACCUGCUAGUGAACAACGCUGCGGUGGCCACGCUGCAGCCUUUCCUGGAAGCCACGCCACAGGAGUUUGAGAAUGUGAAUGUAAAAGCAGCCCUGCAUGUGGCUCAGAUUGUUGCUCGGGGGAUGAAGUCCAGGGGGUCUGGUGGCUCCAUUGUCAACGUCUCCAGCCAGGCAUCCCAGUGUGCUUUGCAAGACCAUGCUGUUUAUUGUGCCACUAAAGGCGCUCUAGACAUGCUGACCAAAGUGAUGGCGCUGGAGCUGGGACCUCACAAGAUCCGUGUGAACUCUGUGAACCCCACUGUGGUGAUGACGGCGAUGGGCCGGAUCGGCUGGAGCGACUCCAUGAAGGCCGGGCCCAUGAUGUCACGCAUCCCCCUCGGGAAAUUCGCUGAGGUUGAAGAUGUGGUGAAUGCAAUCCUGUUCCUCCUCAGUGAGAAGAGUGCAAUGAUUACUGGAGCCACACUGCCUGUCGAUGGAGGAUUCCUUGCUUGUUAACACUAUCACCAGGAUACAGAACAGUAAAGUGUCUGUAUGAACUAACAUAUGGUUUCCUAUUGAAGCCAUAUUUAAUUUCUAAUACAUUCCAUACUGUCUAUACACUACUUGCUAAUGGGUCAUGCCAUGCCUAAUUUGUGAUCAUUAUAUGCUUAACCACCUCAGAUUAUAUUGCAAGACUUCAUGCAAGGUCACACGUUUAAAACGUUCAUAUGUACUCAGUGCUGAGACUGUCAAGCAUAUUUACUCUGGGACUCGAUUUGAACCCUAUGUUAAAUCCUAAUUUAAUAUAAGACCUGUUUCAGGUUUGGCUAUAAUAGUUGCAAGAUGGGCAAUGAGAACAGUAUUGAAUUACUGAGCACAUUAUGCAAUACAGAUACACAAACUAACUGAGCUUUUCUGUACAGUGUCUAUUAAUUUCAUACCCUCUGAGCCUCAUUUCAAUACAGUAUAGCUCUGUUGACCUUGAGGUGCAAUACAGUGUCAUUGUUACUGCCAGCUGCCUAACCAUAGAUCAUUCAAUGCAUUUGACACUUACACUGAAAAAGAUGGAUAUAGUAUUUUUUUUUUUUUAUGUAAUCCAGUCUUUGCUCAAUCAAAAAGUCAAAUAAAAAUGAAGUUGGAUACUUGCA